AUGCCAAGGGGAAUAAUUCCGAUAUUUACUGGGGGGAUGGUAGACCACUUUAAGAGGGUAGGGACCGUGCAAUUUGACAGAGCAAGCACGAAAGGGAUCAUUUUUGCGGUAAGCGUUAUCAUGUACUUUUUCUUGUACCUAAUCAGUUUUCGCCUGCUGGAGCAUGAACAGAGAGGCCUAGACCAGGAAUUUGAAGAGGACGAUCGUGAGAACCAUGAGAGGGUUCACGCCUCGGAAGCAGAAGAUGUGCAAGACAACCAUAAUUGA